AAACGUAUGCAUACCUCUUCUUAUAUAAGUGCUUUAUGCUCCAACUUGUCAUUCAUGCAAAGAGCACUGCUAGUGCUAGGCUUGAAUCUUGAUAGCUUAUGAUAAUGGAGGUUGAGAGAGUAGGGGUUGUGGAGAGUGGGUGGGUGUGGUUGAGAGCCAUCCCAGUGAAUGCAGGUGCAGCAAUGGUGGGAUUUGCUGAGCAAGCUAGAAAGAUUGCUGCAGAUGAUCCCAGGAAGCUCAUCCACUCAUUCAAAGUUGGGCUUGCCCUAACCUUGGUCUCCUUGUUCUACUACUUCCAGCCUCUCUACACCAGCUUCGGCGUCUCCGCAAUGUGGGCCGUCAUGACCGUCGUCGUCGUCUUCGAGUUCUCCGUUGGCGCGACACUUGGGAAAGGGGUGAAUCGAGGGCUGGCGACGCUGGCGGCCGGAGCCCUAGGCCUUGGAGCUCAUCACUUGGCUACUGUCACGGGGAAAACGUGCGAGCCUAUUUUGAUUGGAUUAUUUGUCUUCCUACAAGCUGUGGCAGCCACAUUCAUACGAUUCUUUCCUAGAGUGAAGGCUAGAUAUGAUUAUGGGGUGCUGAUAUUCAUCUUGACAUUCUGCCUUGUCUCCAUAUCCGGUUUGAGGAGUGAUGAAAUUGUUGGUUUUGCACAAAAGAGAUUCUCCACCAUAGUCAUCGGAGCAGCCGCUUGUGUCGUCGUAUCCAUCUUCGUCUACCCCGUUUGGGCCGGUCAAGAUCUCCACAACCUCGUUGCUAAAAACAUCGAUAAACUUGGGACUUUCUUACAAGCUUUUGGCGACGAGUGUUUCACAAGGCCUGAGGCGCCGGAGACUCUAGUUGGGUUGCAUGCUAUUCUUGAUUCAAAAUCCAGCUUAGAAACAUUGGCGAAUUUUGCGAGAUGGGAACCUGGGCAUGGGGCGUUCAUGUACCGGCAUCCAUGGAAGCAGUAUUUGAAGAUCGCAAGCUUAACGAGGCAGUGUGCCUAUCGCGUCGAACCCCUCAACGCCUACCUUAAUUCUCAAACUCAAGCACCUCAAGAUAUUCAAGAAAUAAUCUCAAGAAUGAGCUCAGAAUCUGGGAAAGCACUGAAGGAGCUUGCAUGGACGGUGGAGACGAUGACGAGGCCCGAUUCCCAUGAAUCCAACCUCAGAAUCGCGUCCAAGAAUCUGCAUUCCUUGAUCAAAUCCGAUUUCUGGGAAGACCAGAAGGAUAUCUCUGUCGUCAUACCAGUUGCUGCAGUCGCGUCUCUGCUCAACGACAUCGUUUCUUGCGUCGAAGCCAUCGCAGCCGCCAUCGAUGAGCUCAGUUCGCUCGCAAAUUUCAAGCAACCAGACAAGCCGCCGCCUUUGGUCAGCGUCGUAGUCGACGAUGGCCUUAAACAAGAAUCUAUGUCAUCAUCAUCCUGAUUGAUUUUAUUUGGGGGAUAAGGUUUUUCUAUUUUUGGUGGGAAAAUUUUUGGCCAUUUUUUGUUUUGUUUUUAGCGUUGAAUUCAUUCAAUGAAAAUUGUAGGAUUUCGGGUGAUGCUAAUUAGGUCAAAUGCGUGAAACAAGAUAUUUCCAUAAAUGUUGGAAUAUUGGAGUGUUGGUUCGUUACCAUUUUGUUGGUCGAGAUUAAUUUCUACAAAGUUGGAGUAUUUGAUUUUAAGA